AUGGGUGGUACGACUGUUGAUGAGUAUUACCACAAAUUUAUGGAAUAUCUCAAGUACUGUCCUGAUGAUGUUCCCACUGAAGAGAAGAAAAUGCAGCGAUUUGAGCUGGGAUUGUCGUAUGACAUUCAAAAACAUAUUGAAAAGAAGGAAAAAGAGAAGGGUAAUGUCCCUGAGAAGAGGAAAGAGGUUUCUGGCCAGGCAUUGGAGAACGUGUCGGGCUUUUAUCAGAAGAAAGCAAGAAGUUUUGGGAAUUUUCAGGGAGGCGGGUCUGGUACAAAUUCAGGGUUUAGGAGUGACACGAAGCCUGCUAAGCCAUUACUGGACCGAGACGGCAAUGAAAGAAAGUAUUUCUGUAGAAGAUGCAAGAGAAAUCAUCCGGGGAAAGACUGUGACGGGAAUUUGAUCGAGUGGGGUAGAAGUCAACAUCCGAGUGGACAACACCGGCAACAGAAUUUAAACAACGCCGGUAGUCAAGCCAGCCAGCAGUACGGGAACGGGAAUCGUGGUAAUUCUGGUCAGAGGUUCCAGCGACCUUUUUAUGGGGGACAAGGCCGGGUAGAUGGAAAUCGAGUUGAAGGGUCAGAAAUGCAUCGCGGGGGAAAUCAAGUGGGAGGAAAUAAUGUACAGCCGGCGAGUGGAAGGGUAUCUGCGGUCAGUGCAAGAGAAGCUGACCAGGCUACGGAUGUGGUCACAGGAAGGUAUAAGGCCACUAUUGAAUGUAGAGAGCAGCGAGUUUUGUUGGAAGGACCACGAGGGGAGAGCGUUAGAUAUAGAAAAUUUCCCAAGGGGCCCAGAACGAAUUUGGUGUCGACUUUGGAAUUGCAAAGGCUCGUGAGGCAAGGACACCCUUUGUACCUAUGUCAUAUCCACCAGGAAGGGAAGAAGGAGGAGGAUCCAAAGGAUAUUGCGGUGGUGAAUGAAUUCUUGGAUGUUUUUCCUGACGAAAUUCCCGGUAUGCCACCUCAACGAAAAAUUGAUUUCACAAUAGACUUGGACCGAGAUGAACAUCAGAAACAUCUACGAUUUGUCCUGCAAACCCUGGGAGAAAACAAGUUGUACACGAAAUUGUCAAAGUGUGACUUUUGGUUGGAAAAGGUAUCAUUUUUGGGUCAUUUUGUUUCUAAAGAGGGUAUUUCGGUGGAUCCGGCGAAAGUAGAGGCAGUUCGAAGCUGGUCGUCACCAAAGAAUGUCACCGAAGAUUUCUCGCGUAUUGCUCGGCCCAUGACUUCGUUAAGGAAGAAAGAGAAGAAGUUCGAAUGGACUGAUGAAUGCGAACAGGCCUUCAUGACUUUGAAGGAAAAUGACGCAUCAAAGAAGGGAUUGGGUUGUGUGCUGAUGCAAGAUCGUAAGGUGAUUGCUUACGCGUCACGACAACUGAAAGUACAUGAGGUUAAUUACCCUACCCAUGAUCUGGAGUUAGCCGCUAUAGUAUUUGCUCUGAAGAUAUGGCGACAUUACUUGUAUGGCGUUAAGUAUUAUGAUCUGGAAUUCAUAUAUCAUGAGGGCCGAGCAAACUUGGUGGCCGACGCGUUGAGUAGGAAGUCUAGUCACUCGCUGUCUGCUUUGGACGGGGUUGAAGAGUUGCAUCGGGAUUUUGCUAGACUAAACUUGGAGGUAGUACGUAAAGGUGAACUACAGGGAUGUUUGAAUGCAUUGGCUAUUCGACCUUCAUUCUUCGAAGAAAUUUUGAGUUCCCAGGAUAAAGACCCGAAACUGUUGAAGCUAAAGGAACAGGCUCGGGAAGGAAAAGCGGAGGGAUUCCUUAUUCAUGAAGAUGGAAGUUUGAGGUUCAAAGGUCGUUGGUGUUUACCGUCAGGGGAGGAAUCUUUGAAGGAACGUAUUCUGGAUGAAGCGUACUGUACGAAAUUUUCAAAGGUUAAAAGUGAGCAUAAGAGACCAGGAGGGUUAUUGCAGCCGUUAGAGAUACCGGUAUGGAAGUGGGAUGAUAUUUCUAUGGAUUUUGUUGUGGGUUUACCUCGGACGAAAGCAGGUAAUGAUGCGUUAUGGGCUAUGGGUACCACGUUGCUUUAUAGUACGUCGUUUCAUCCGCAAACGGAUGGGCAGACGGAACGAACGAAUCAGGUAUUAGAAGAUAUGUUGCGCGCUAUUGCCAUGGAAUGUCCGGUUUAUUGGGAUGAUUUCACCGAAGCGGUGACCUUGGAACUUGAGUUAUUGUUCCAGAUGACGGAGAAAGUGAAGUUGAUAAGGGACCGCUUGAAAGCGGCGCAAGAUCGUCAAAAGUCUUAUGCUGACUUGAAACGCCGACCAGAAGAAUUCACCGUGGGAGAACAGGUGGCUUAUCGGUUAGCCCUUCCGAAUUCUUUGGAAAAGGUACAUGAUGUAUUUCAUGUGUCUCAGUUAAAGCGGUAUCAUUCCGCAGCCACUCAUGUAUUAGAUCCUGAACCCUUAGAAUUGGAUGCAUCCUUGUCUUACUCUGAGCAACCGGUUCGAAUCUUGGACAAGAAGGUUCGUAGUACACGAAGAAAAGAUAUACCUAUGGUGAAGGUCUUGUGGUCAAAUCAUGAGCGUGAAGCGGCUACUUAG